UUUUGUUUUUUGUUUUUUUGCAAUAAAUGUUUGCCCCGCACAAAAAUUAACGACGCCAAUGGUGAAAACGGGCCGUGAAAUUGUUAACUUACUGUCCGAAUGAUUGGUCAGCGGCAGACUGUACCCAAAGCACUCGACGUAAUACAUGUUUAUCCAAGUGCAGACCGAUUUUCCGCACCCGUUGUUUGCCAUCUCGCUCGCACCCACAGCACUGUCGUCGUGUGCAUUUUGUGUAAAUUACAGCACAAAUAAGACGAUUCCCAUGUUUGAAAUGUAACGCCUGCCGCCGCACAAAGUCGCAAAAGCAAUAGGAAGUGGAACUACAGACUGCCAUUAAGGGCCACACCUGCAACGAGAACGCUUAUCUCAACCGCACCAGCAACACCCUGGAAUCGAAGCAAUAGGUAACCCCCCGCCCUGCCAAGAGGACCAUCCUCAGUUGUCCUGGCAACGGAGGAAAUAAGGACAUGCAAAGAGCAUUCCCAUACGCAGUGUGGCCUACGCUAUCUCUAUAAGAUGUCCUUGGCCGUAUCGCUGCGCCGAGCUCUUUUGGUGCUGCUCUCCGGCGCCAUAUUUAUCCUGACGGUGCUUUACUGGAACCAAGGAGCCAACAAGGUCCAGGCUUAUAACGAGGCGCUGGAACGCCCCCACAGCCACCACGACAACAGUGCCUUUCCCAUACCCGUCGAGAAGUCCUGGACGUACAAGUGCGAGAGUGAACGAUGCGUCCGGGUGGGUCAUCAUGGCAAAUCCGCCAAGCGGGUCUCGUUCAUCAGCUGCUCGAUGACGUGCGGUGACAUUAACAUUUGGCCGCAUCCCACCCACAAAUUUGUGCUCAGCCCCCACACGCACAGCUUCUCUGUGGAGGAUGUGCAGCUGCAGGUGGACACGUCCCAUCGGGAGGUUCGCAAGCAGCUCCAACUGUCCUUCGACUUCUUCCUUAAGGAUCUGCGGCAAAUCCAGCGGUUGGACUACGCCGGCAGUUCAUCAGAGCCGACUGUCAGUGAAUCCUCAUCGAAGUCAAGGCAUCAUGCGGAUGUGGAACCGGCAGCCACGCUCUUUGGAGCCACCUUUGGUGUGCGGCAGGCUGGGGAUCUGACCAGCGUACAGGUCAAGAUAAGCGUGCACAAGUCCGGAGACCUUAACUUCAGCCUGGACAACGAUGAGACCUAUCAACUUAACUCCAUAACCGAUGGACACCGCUUGCAGGUGGAGAUCAUUGCGAAUUCCUACUUCGGUGCCCGCCAUGGACUGUCCACACUGCAGCAAUUGAUCUGGUUUGAUGAUGAGGAUCACCUGCUGCAUACGUACGCCAACAGCAAGGUGAAGGAUGCUCCGAAGUUCCGAUAUCGCGGCCUGAUGCUGGACACUUCGAGGCAUUUCUUCUCGGUGAACUCCAUCAAGCGAACCAUUGUGGGCAUGGGUCUGGCCAAGAUGAAUCGCUUUCACUGGCACCUCACUGAUGCCCAGAGUUUCCCCUACAUUUCGCGCUACUAUCCGGAGCUGGCCGAGCAUGGUGCCUACUCCGAGAGCGAGACAUACACGGAACAGGAUGUGCGUGAAGUGGCCGAGUUUGCCAAAAUCUAUGGCGUCCAGGUCAUACCUGAAAUCGAUGCCCCCGCCCAUGCGGGCAACGGAUGGGAUUGGGGGCCAAAACGCGGAAUGGGCGAGCUGGCCAUGUGCAUCAACCAGCAACCGUGGAGCUUCUACUGCGGCGAACCGCCGUGCGGGCAGCUAAAUCCGAAGAACAACCACACCUACCUCAUUCUGCAGCGUCUCUACGAGGAGCUGUUGCAGCACACGGGCCCCACGGACUUCUUCCACCUAGGCGGCGACGAGGUGAAUCUCGACUGCUGGGCGCAGUACUUCAACGAUACGGAUCUGCGUGGCUUGUGGUGCGAUUUCAUGCUGCAGGCGAUGGCCAGACUAAAGCUGGCCAACAAUGGAGUGGCGCCAAAGCACGUGGCCGUCUGGUCUAGUGCCUUGACCAACACCAAGUGUCUUCCAAACAGUCAAUUCGCCGUUCAGGUCUGGGGCGGCAGCACCUGGCAGGAGAACUACGACCUGCUGGACAACGGCUACAACGUGAUCUUCUCGCACGUUGACGCCUGGUAUCUGGACUGCGGCUUCGGCAGCUGGCGGGCCACUGGAGAUGCCGCCUGUGCACCGUAUCGCACUUGGCAGAAUGUCUACAAGCACCGGCCAUGGGAGCGGAUGCGAUUGGACAAAAAGCGCAGGAAGCAGGUGCUGGGCGGCGAGGUGUGCAUGUGGACCGAGCAGGUGGAUGAGAAUCAGCUGGACAAUCGGCUGUGGCCACGGUCAGCCGCUCUGGCCGAGCGAUUGUGGACCGAUCCUAGCGAUGAUCACGACAUGGAUAUAGUGCCGCCAGACGUGUUCCGUAGGAUCUCUUUGUUCCGCAAUCGCCUCGUCGAACUGGGAAUCCGGGCUGAAGCGCUGUUCCCCAAAUACUGUGCCCAGAAUCCCGGUGAAUGCAUUUGAUAUUACCUCUAAGAAGUAAAAGUAUGCUCCUACAAUCCCAAUCCCGCGACCCCUUCCGAAAUGUGCUAUAGUUAGUUGAUGGUUUAGUUUGUAUUUUAUACGGAUACCGUGGUUUCGUUUCGAUAGGAAGCAGGCGACUGUUUAAAAUGGUUUCCGGCAUAAACCACGACUUGAUUUUCGUUUUUAUACUACAAAAAUACAUCUAGAAAUUUAGGGCAAAGGUGAGGUAGGUGAGGUUGUUAUUCGGUUUAAGCCGCCCGUACGGCGGUUCGCCGCAAUGGAAGCUCCAGGGCUGUUGGUUGAUGAACAUCGCCAGCUCGGCCAUUCCACGCUCUGGCCCCCCAAUCCCAGACGUAUCGGGUAUAAACUGGACGCCAUAGACCUCGGCGAACUCGGCCACAGUGUGUGCUGUUGCUCCUGCCCCGUGUACGUCUCGCUCUCGGAGUAAGCACCAUGAUCGUCCAGCUCCGGACAGUGGUGCAUCGCUGAGCUGCCAGUAGAAGCGGACCAGCUUGGCCACAUCCAGCAUUAGGCCGCGAUACCGAACUUCAGAGCAUCUUUUACCUUGAUGUUGACCUACGUGAGCAGCAGGUGUUUCUCAACUAUCAACUAAGUAACGCUCUUUUCGGGACUGUCUCGGUAUUGGGUUUGUAGGAGGUUAGUUAGUAAUAGUCUAAUUGUUAUUUUGUACGGAUACCUUGGCUUCGUUUCGCAAGGAAGCAGGCGACUGUUUGAAAUGGUUUCUGGCAUAAACCACGACUCGAAUUUCGUUUUCAUAGAACAACCAUAGAAUUUCACCCAUUACUAGUACAAUCCAUCUUGAAAUAUAGCGCACACAGGCAUUGCAGUUGGAAAAGAGAAUGGUGGGAUGUAGGCAGAAAAGACCUUGUAGGGAAUCAAGUUGAGGUUGAACAUUAGAGUUCUUAGAUUUAGUUGUAGAUUUCAUACGCAUCAAUUCACUUACACAGACAUAGGCUUACGAUAUAUAUAUAAAUUAAUAUGUAGAUUUAGAUGAUAAUUCACGAUUGAGAAAUAACUAACUUUUGAUAUUUUAAAAGCUUUAUUCGCAAAAUAUUAUUUGUUAAGUUUAAGCUGACAUCAAAUGAUCUGUUCUCUUCAUUUACUUAUACUUUCGUUUAGUUUUCUUUUAAUUUCGCGUUGCCUUAAGUUAAAAUACAUUAAAUUACAUUUUCAGUGAUAUAAACAAUGUGACCUUAAAAAUCGGAAAGAAAACAAAAGCUGCUAAAAGAGUAAAACUUAGAAUUAACAUUAACAAUUAAUCGUUACGAACAAUUUUUGCACGCAUAUUGGCACACAACUGACACUCGACUAGUAAAUUGGUAGCUAAUUUAGAAUGUACACUAAAAGGGGGGAAAUUGUUGGGGUAUUCACAGUUUGUUUGGUUCAAUAAUUCUACAUUUGGAAUGAUAGAUAAAAUAACUAUGUUGGCAAUUUGUUUUCGUACUUAAGAUUUUGCAACAAAAUAUAAAAAAAAGGAAAACCCGAAACCUGAUCUUACAUUAGUUUAACAAUUUCUGCUGUAACUCCAAGUCACUCUCGAAAAUAAACUAAAGUCCAGUCUAA